GGUCAGAGCUUCCGCUAAUGUCGCAGGCUGCUGCAGCAGAGUUAGCACAAAUAAAGACUUAACCUAGUGCUAAAUUUAACAUUGCCAGGUUUUUGUUAAUGCAGGGUAACAUUUUUAUUUGGAAUCCGUAGUUUACCUUGGCUGCAAAUUAAAACAUGCAUAAUAAUCUAGAUUUUAGGUUGCGCAUUCAACCUUAGAAAUAGUUAGCGUAUUGCUAACGUUUUUAGCUUUUAGCUCCCUGGGUUAGCACUCAGUGCUACUAUCAAACUGGCUCAAACCUAAGCUUAAGAAUAUUUAAGAGAGGUCAGAAAAGGAUGUCGGAUUCAGACAGCGAUGAGGAUCAGGAUCGCCCCUUUUCUCUCACUGGGUUCCUGUUUGGAAAUAUCAAUGAAGAUGGACAGCUGGAGGAUGACAGUGUUUUGGACAAUGAGUCUAAGAAGCAUCUAGCUGGUUUGGGCUCUCUGGGUCUGGGCUCUCUCAUCACAGAGAUCACUGCCAGUGAGGAUGAAAACAAGGAGGAAAACAGAGACACUGGAAAUGUGGAUUCAGAGGGUUGGGUUAAAAGCACGGAUGACGCUGUCGACUAUUCUGACAUCAGUGAGGUUGCUGAGGAUGAGACAAAAAAGUACCGUCAGGCGAUGGGGUCUUUGCAGCCCAGCAGAAAGACAGAUGACGAGGACGACUAUGAUGCUGACUGUGAGGAUAUUGACUCGAAGCUAAUGCCUCCACCACCACCGCCAACUCUUCCCACGCCAAUCAAGAAGGAGGAAUCCUCCUCUCAGAGCACAAAUGCAACUGCAGAAGAUGGCGAUGGUAUCAUCCUGCCCUCCAUUAUUGCACCAUCCUCUAUUGGUGAUAAGGUGGACUUCAGCAGCUCCUCGGACUCUGAGUCAGAAACGGACCGUCCCUGCCAGGGCUCGGGGGCUGGAGGCCCCCCCGACAGGCUCACCCUCCCUCUAGCUGGCAUCAUGCAGAAAGAUGCUGCCAAAGCCUUGCCCAGCGUCACGGAGCUCUUUCCAGAAUUUAGGCCAGGCAAGGUACUUCGGUUCCUGCGGCUGUUCGGUCCYGGAAAGAACAUGCCGUCCGUUUGGAGGAGCGCCCGCAGGAAAAAGAAGCGGAAGCACAGGGAGCCUCACCCUGGGACCCCUCCUCCUGAGGGAGAGGUCGUGGAGCCAAACCAGGAGAAAAAGUCRGGGUGGAUUUARGAGUACGCGCCCCCUCCGCCUCCAGAGCAGUGUCUGUCUGACGAUGAGAUAACCAUGAUGGCUCCAGUCGAAUCAAAGUUCUCGCAGACCUGCGGUGACGUCGACAAGGAAGCGGAGUCUCGACCUAAAGUAGCAGAGUGGCGCUACGGUCCGGCYCAGCUCUGGUACGACAUGCUGGGCGUCUCUGAGGAUGGAAGCAACUUCAACUAUGGCUUCAAGCUGAAGGAACAGGAGUCAGAUGAGACCGAGAAGCAAGAUGUGCCUAAAGAAGUGACAGAAACCAUUCAGGAGGAACAAAGGCAGGAAGAAAUGGAAAUUGAUGGUGACAACGUUGACGGCGAAGAAACAAAAUUGGCGCUUGAGAACGAGCUGUUCCUGAUGGUCACUCAGCUGCAGUGGGAGGAUGAUAUUAUUUGGAAUGGAGAGGAUGUGAAACACAAAGGCACCAAGACUCAGAGAGCCAGCCUGGCAGGGUGGCUCCCCUCCAGCAUGACCCGCAACGCUAAUGCUUAUAARGCACAGCAGGGUCUGACCAGAAGUAACUCCCAGCUGGUGCCACCAACACCUCCACCCAUUCCCAAAGUGUCUUCAAUCUCUGGCUCCAAAAGGGAAAAAAGCAGCCACGAUAAUCAGGCCUCUCAUGAGGAAGACUGCUCCUGGUUCUCCAUUUUUCCCAUCGACAACGAGGAGCUGGUGUACGGUCGCUGGGAAGACAACAUCAUCUGGGAUGAUCAGGAGAUGGAUCACAUGCUCARGCCACCUGUUCUUACCCUGGAUCCGAAUGAUGAGAAUAUAAUUCUAGAAAUUCCUGAUGAAAAGGAGGAGAUGACCUCCCACUCUCCGUCAAAAGAGAAUAAAAAAGAAACGGCAAUUAAGAAGAGUCGUAUUCUCCUUGGAAAGACUGGGGUGAUAAAAGAUGAGCCACAGCAGAACAUGUCCCAACCUGAGGUUAAAGAUCCCUGGAACCUGUCCAAUGAUGAGUUCUACUAUCCUAAACAACAGGGCCUGAGAGGAACCUUCAGUGGUAACAUCAUUCAGCACUCCAUUCCCGCCCUUGAGCUGCGGCAGCCCUUCUUCCCCACUCACAUGGGACCCAUGAAGCUUCGYCAGUUCCACCGCUCCGCUCUGAAGAAAUAUUCCUUCGGCUCUUUGUCUCAGCCGGGACCUCACGCCGUUCAGCCGCUGCUCAAACACAUAAAGAAGAAAGCCAAGAUGCGAGAACUGGAGCGGCAGGCAUCCGGAGGUGGAGACAUGUUCUUUAUGAGAACGCCGCAGGACUUGACAGGGAAAGAUGGAGAUCUGAUCCUGGCAGAGUACAGUGAGGAAUACCCUCCUCUCAUCAUGCAGGUUGGCAUGGCAUCCAAGAUCAAAAACUACUACAAAAGGAAACCUGGAAAAGAUCCCGGAGCACCAGACUGUAAAUAUGGAGAGACUGUCUACUGCCACACGUCUCCUUUCCUGGGCUCUCUGCACCCUGGACAGCUGCUUCAGGCUUUUGAAAACAACCUCUUCCGUGCCCCAAUCUACCUGCACAAGAUGCCAGAAACGGAUUUCUUGGUUAUCCGAACGCGACACGGCUACUACAUUCGAGAGCUCGUGGACAUUUUUGUUGUCGGUCAGGAGUGUCCCUUGUUCGAAGUCCCAGGCCCAAACUCCAAACGUGCCAACACUCACAUCAGAGACUUCRUGCAGGUGUUCAUUUARCGCCUGUUCUGGAAGAGCAAAGAUAGGCCCAGAAGAAUCCGCAUGGAGGACAUAAAGAAAGCUUUUCCCUCGCACUCAGAGAGCAGCAUCAGGAAGCGACUCAAACUCUGUGCUGACUUUAAACGUACAGGGAUGGACUCCAACUGGUGGGUGCUGAAGCCCGACUUCAGGCUGCCAACAGAAGAGGAAAUCCGAGCCAUGGUGUCUCCAGAGCAAUGCUGCGCCUAUUACAGCAUGCUGGUGGCAGAGCAGCGGCUAAAGGACGCCGGAUACGGAGAGAAAUCUUUCUUUGCACCAGAAGAGGAGAAUGAAGAGGACUUUCAAAUGAAGAUUGAUGAUGAGGUGCGGACAGCUCCUUGGAACACGACAAGAGCCUUCAUUUCUGCCAUGAAGGGGAAGUGCCUGCUGGAGGUUACAGGUGUGGCAGAUCCUACAGGCUGCGGAGAGGGUUUCUCAUAUGUGAAAGUGCCCAACAAGCCCACCCAACAGAAGGAUGACAAAGAGCCACAGCCUGUGAAGAAGACAGUAACAGGAACAGACGCUGAUCUGAGGAGGCUCUCACUUAAGAACGCCAAGCAGCUCCUCCGUAAGUUUGGCGUUCCAGAGGAAGAGAUCAAGAAACUUUCCCGCUGGGAGGUCAUCGACGUGGUGAGAACGAUGUCCACCGAGCAGGCUCGCUCAGGAGAGGGGCCGAUGAGUAAGUUCGCCAGAGGCUCCCGUUUCUCCGUCGCUGAACACCAGGAGCGCUACAAGGAAGAGUGCCAGAGGAUCUUCGACCUGCAGAACAAAGUGCUGGAGUCCACCGAGGUGCUGUCCACAGACACAGACAGCAGUUCAGCUGAAGACAGUGACUUUGAGGAGAUGGGUAAGAACAUCGAGAACAUGCUGCAGAACAAAAAGACCAGCUCCCAGCUGUCCAGAGAGAGGGAGGAGCAGGAGAGGAAGGAGCUGCAGAGGAUGCUGAUGGGAGAGGAGAGCGAUCGUGACAACAAGGGACGCAAAGAGCGACGCAAAGGCUUGUCCAGCUCUCUGUCCACCAGCUCCCACAAAGAUGACGACACGUCUUCCGUCACCAGCCUCAACUCAUCAGCUACAGGACGCCGCCUCAAGAUCUAUCGCACCUUCAAGGACGAGGACGGCAAGGAGUACGUCCGCUGUGAGACGGUCCGMAAAGCGUCUGUCAUCGACGCCUACACCCGGAUCAGAACCACUAAGGAUGAUGAAUUCAUACGAAAGUUUGCCCUCUUCGAUGAGCAGCACAGAGAAGAGAUGAGGAAGGAGCGCCGGCGGAUUCAGGAGCAACUCCGGAGGCUGAAGAGAAACCAGGAAAAGGAUAAAAUUAAAGGUCCCCCAGAGAAYAAGACCAAGAAGGUCAAGGAGAGACCAGACCUCAAGCUGAAGUGRGGCGCGUGUGGCGCCAUCGGACACAUGAGAACCAACAAAUUCUGCCCGCUGUACUACCAAACCAACGCCCCGCCCUCUAACCCAGUGGCCAUGACAGAGGAGCAAGAAGAGGAGCUGGAAAAGACCGUCAUCCACAACGACAACGAGGAACUCAUCAAGGUGGAGGGCACGAAGAUUGUGCUGGGCAAGCAGCUCAUUGAAAGUGCUGAUGAGGUGCGCAGAAAGUCAUUGGUGCUCAAGUUUCCCAAGCAGCAGCUGCCUCCAAAGAAGAAAAGACGAGUGGGCAGUGCCGUCCACUGUGACUACCUCAAUAAACCACAUAAAGCAAUCCACCGCAGGCGAACUGAUCCGAUGGUUACAUUGUCCUCUGUCCUCGAAAGCAUCAUCAACGACAUGCGGGAUCAUCCCAACACGUAUCCUUUCCACACACCGGUCAACGCCAAGGUUGUGAAGGACUACUACAAGAUAAUCACUCGUCCCAUGGAUCUACAGACACUGAGGGAGAAUGUACGCAAGCGGAUGUACCCGUCGAGGGAGGAGUUCCGCGAAGCAGUGGAGCUUAUUGUCAAAAACAGCGCUACCUACAAUGGGGCAAAGCAUCCCAUAACACAAGUGGCGCAGUCCAUGCUGGAUCUGUGCGACACUAAACUGAAAGAGAAGGAGGACCGGCUGGUGAGGCUGGAGAAAGCCAUCAACCCCCUGCUGGAUGAUGAUGACCAGGUGGCGUUCUCCUUCAUCCUGGACAACAUUGUAACUCAGAAAAUGAUGGCGGUUCCUGAUUCUUGGCCAUUUCACCAUCCUGUCAAUAAAAAGUUUGUGCCAGAUUAUUAUAAGGUGAUUGUAAACCCCAUGGAUCUGGAGACCAUCCGGAAGAACAUCUCCAAACAUAAAUACCAGAACCGAGAAGCAUUUCUCUCAGAUAUCAGCCUCAUCCARGCCAACAGCAUCAAGUACAACGGCUCAGACAGUCCUUUCACCAAAACAGCCCUGGAUAUUAUCAGUGUGUGUGAGCAGACCUUGGCGGAGUAUGAUGAACACUUGACACAGCUGGAAAAGGAUAUCUCUACCGCUAAGGAGGCAGCUCUGGAUGUGGCCGACUUGGACAGUUUGGACCCGAUGACACCUGGACCGUACACACCGCAGGGACGGCAUGGCAGGAGACCUGGAGAGGAAGACUCAGAUGUGGAUAUUGAGGGCUUUGAAGAGGACGAUGACGGCAAACCCAAGACUCCUGCUCCUGCCGAAGAUGCUGAAGGAGACCUGGAGGAUGAAGAUGACGAUGACAUGCUGCUGCCGCCCCGCAGACGGCCGCAUGUCCAGGACGAAGAGGAUGAGGACAGACAACAUGGCAGAUCGAACCACCCAGCUCAGUCCAGUGUUCUGUAUCAGGACCUGCUGAUGUCUGAUGGAGAGGAUGACGCCAGUGAAGAGGAGGGAGACAACCCUUUCUCCUCCAUACAGCUGUCAGAGAGUGGCAGCGACUCUGACAGGGAGGUCGAUGUGCGACCCACGCCUCCUCGGAGAGCUCAGGACACAGCCCGGAUGGGCAUGGAGCAGGAUGAGAGCAUGAUGUCCUACGAAGGGGAGGGACAUGAACACAUGGAGGACAGCAACAUCAGUUACGGCAGCUACGAAGAGACGGAGAGCCGGAGUCAGAUGCAGCCUUCUAGCAUGGGAAACGGUGAGGAAUACGGCAUCAGUGAGGAAGAGGAGGAAGACGAAGAAGACGAAGCGCGGAGGAGAGGCCCAGCUGUGCUCUCUCAGGUCCAACUGAGUGAAGAUGAGGAGAGCGAAGAGUUUCGAUCAAUUGGAGGUGACAGCGACAUGGACUCUGAUGUUUAGGCUUUUUAUUUUUUAUUUUUUAUAUCUGUUCAUGAUCCAGAAACAUCCCACUUACAACCGAGAAAUGUCAUUUCUCUAGUAAAUAUGUAUAUUAUUCUGUAUUUUGUAAAUGAUGUUUAUUGUUUGAGGAACCUUUAGGGUACAAAGCAGCACAUUGUAAAUUUGAGUUGACUCUGUUUUUGUAGACUUCUUCUUCAUGCUGUUCACACAUGAAGCGUGCUCACUUCUUUUGUUCUGUUUUCAUUUGUCACAUUGUACACUCCCCAGGUAUUAAACAUGAUUCUACCUGAGAGACGAGAUAAAAAUAUACUAAAUUUGCUAAAGAUACAAAAAUAAAGUCCUCAUUAAAAACAAAAUCAAAAA